AAAAAAUCAGACAAAACAUGGCAAUGAACAAAACCCUCUUCCUCUUCUUCUUCUUCUUCUGUCUAUUGGUAGUGACUGUUCCAAUGGCAAAAGCUCAGCUCGGUGGCAUUGGAGGCCUUCUAGGUCUCAUCAGGAUUCAGGGCACUGUCUUUUGCAGUCUCAAUGGGAACGUGACGUCUCUUACCAAUGUCACUUCGUCCACUCCUGUCUUCCCCAAUGCUCAAGUGCAACUGCAAUGUGGACCGGAAAACAUCGUCGUAUCAACAACGUCGACGAAUUUAUCGGGAGCCUUCUCGAUGAUUCUGGACCCUCUUCAGUUCCUCCUCUCGACGUUGGUAUCAGACUGCCGGCUCUCUGUCACGACCCCACUCUCAGUCUGCAACGCCACGCUUCCCUCCGUCGGGGGCCUCCUCUCCUCCCCUUUGAAACUCGUCGGAAACACCGUGACCGGCCUCCUCAGCAUCAUUAACCUCGCCCCUCUCGGUUUCGGUCUCAACUAGAAUUGAUUGCGUACCGAACCGAACCGGAAAAUGUUGUCAUGUGUUUGAUUUUAUGUACGACUUGGUUUAGGAACUUCAUUGCUUUUAUGCCAUGGGCCACCAGGUGUAUUUGUAUUUGUAGUGUCAGGUCUAUAUGGCUUGUGUGUUGUGUUAUGGUUAUUGUAUUUUGUUGUUAUGAAAUGGAAUAAAUGCGUCUCGUUUUAAUAUUUA